AUGAAACCAAAGCAAGGGGAGCGGCAGGGGGACCUCCUACCCCUCUCAUCAUCGUUCCAACGUUCUCCACAGUCCCCGAUCAUAACACGACCCCUCCCCUCUCUUCUUUCCCUUUGCCUUCCUUUGUUGCUUUCUUUUCGUACGAAUCACUCUUUCACAGAAAGGGGAGGAGAGUUUUCGUAACAGAAGUGGAGAAAUUUCGCUCCUAUUUUGCUUUACAUGAGAAGCGGACUUUGCGGAAACAGCAGCGCCUAAUGGGCUCUCGGGUCUGCUGCUGCUUGUCGUGAAGACGAUUCCUUCUUGGUUCUCUCGUUUGGCGUGGGAAAGGACGGAGCUUGUUAGUGUGGGGUGAUUGGGGCAAGUAAAGGGAGGUCUUUGCUGCUGCUGCUGCUGCUGCUGCUGCUGCGGCUUCUUGUCCUUUGUCAGGGUGUCGAAGUGUUUAAAGGUGCUUCUUUGUGGAGCCCUGGAGGUCUUGUAGGCUUCUAUUUUUCCCCCUCUCUCCAUGAAAGAUAUGGCGGAAGGAGGAGGAGCCAAGGUUCGAGUGGUUCGGUGCCCCAAGUGCGACAAGCUUCUCCCCGAGCUUCCUAAUUUCUCUGUCUACCGAUGUGGUGGUUGCGAUGCUACUCUUCAAGCAAACAAACAAACUCGGGUAUCAGAAGCUUUUUCGGACAAAUUUGAUGAAGAAACGUUCAGCUAUAUGGAGGUCUCGGAAAGUGCUGACGAGAAGAAGGGGGCGGUUUUCGACACACGCUUGGGGACCGACUGUAAGGACGAUAGAGCUGAUUUCAGGAGGGAGGAGAUAUUAGUUCGCGACAAAGGGGCAGUUUCUCACAGUCAUUCUGCCUCUGGAAGCGAACAUGGUGUUGUUCUGAAGGAAUGCAACACCUCGAGAAUGGAUGAUCAUCCCAAAGGGAGCAGAACAGAGGGCAGAGAUGAUAAAUAUCGGCGCGAAUCUAAAGCACGAGUUAGCGAUUUCGCUCCCAUUGGGAAUGAAUUGAUUAAAUCAGGCAUGGAAGGCGAAGGAGUAACCAAAUCACCAGCUGAAGACAACAAUGGGCAUCACAGAACUCAGCAAGCACAAGUCCAGAAGGGUGAGGACAGGGACAGAGCACCCAGGGCUCCAAUGGAUGGUCUUUAUCCUGAUGAAGGUCCAUCCAACUACUAUAGGAAUCCAAGGUGUAGGCAUGGUGAUGGUGAGCGUGAUGGCAGGCAGAAUAAAGCUUCCUACCACGAUCAAGGCCGAGAGGAGCUUCUGAGAUUGCUUGAUGAAUUGAAAGAUCAGGUGCAAAGAACCUGUGAGGUCACAGACAAACAAAGUGCAACUGUUCCUCCCAUAAACCGAAUGGCAACUUCAACUUCUUAUGGCCAUCAGGGUGCUUGGUUUCAUGAAAGCUCUCCACCAUUGAACAGGAAUGCUUCGCAGCGUUCUUCAUAUCUGAGCACACAGAAUAUGGACAGGCCAAAUUUUCAUUCUACUAUGCCAGCACAGAACGAUGUUCCUGUAUAUGAACAGCCAGUAACACAUGGAAGAGCUCCCUUUCACCCACCUGUUCACUACCCUCAAAGGAAAUUUGACACUUAUCCUUAUGGACAGUUUGAUCCCGAUCCUGUCAUCCCUUGUCAUCAUGAUGAUUUUUACCAUCGACCUGCAUGCUCAUGUCCACAUUGCUACCACAGACAAUUCUCACUGCCUCUUCAAUGCCCAGCUGCCAUCAUUGGUCAUCAGGAGGUUCCAUAUCAUGUGAACAAUCAAGGGUUCUACCCCAUGGAUGGUCCCUCGAUUUUUGGUGGAAGAUAUAAUUCAAGAGUUGCAAAUGCUCCUUUGCAUUCAUGUGAGUCACAAACCCUCCCAAGAACUGUUUUCAGUAAGAAGAUUGGACGUUCUUGUCAUCCCAUAGCUGGUGCUGCCCCCUUUGCUGUAUGUUAUAAUUGUUUUGAACUGCUGCAGCUACCUAAAAAAUCUUUGCUGGUGGAGAAGAGUCAGUUUAAGCUGCGGUGUGGGUCCUGCUCUAAGGUAGUCUCAGUUAAGCUUGAUGGAAGUAGACUCGUUGCUUCUUUCCCUGCAUCAAACUCACAUGCAUCAUCACUAAACAAUAAUGCUAGCCCAAGCAAUGGUGUCCAUUCGUCAGACGAGAAGAUCCUUCUGCCUUACAGUUUUGAUGUUUCUGAUCAUGGUUUCGUCGAAAAAGAAAAUGGUUUGAAUUUUAGUGAUCCAGGGAAAAUGCAAGGGAUGUCCUCAUCCUCCAGUAUGUCUGGGCAUGUUGAGAGCCCAGAAAGUGUGAUAUCUCAUAAGGAUGUUCCCAGCUCUGCAGAGAUUCCCCUAGAAGCUGCAGCGACUUCACAUGCCCCAAGUUUACCACUUCGUGAGCAUUUUGGAUACUCAUUGUCUGAUCAACUAGUUGAUGGGCCUGGAAAGGGAGCCAGGAGUCAACGUUCCAAUCAAGAGAGGAGCAUAUCCUUAGAUGGAAAUUUUAAGCAAAAGUCAGUAAAAGAUGCACCUGUGGCAACUGAGGUGGAUUUGUCUUCUGAUGAGUAUCCAACUGCUGGUUUGUCUCAAGAUUCUUGGGAUAUGAUAAGCAAAGAGGAAGUUCAACAUAAAGUUGUUAAGGGUGGUGACUCAUUCCUUGCUGGUUUUAUAAAAAAGAGCUUUAGAGAUUUCUCUCGAUUCAACCAAUCCUUGGGGCAUGGUAGAGCUAAAGUUUCAAUUAAUGGUCAUCCUAUUCCAGAUCGAUUAGUUAAGAAGGCUGAAAAGCUAGCUGGACCAGUCUAUCCUGGUGACUAUUGGUAUGACUAUCGUGCUGGAUUCUGGGGUGUAAUGGGGAACAAAUGUCUUGGCAUAAUUCCUCCAUUUAUUGAAGAGUUCAAUUACCCCAUCUCCAAAAAUUGUGCCAGUGGCAAUACCGGUGUUCUUGUUAAUGGGAGAGAACUUCAUCAGAAAGAUUUGGAUUUGCUUGCUGGUCGGGGACUCCCAACUACUGCAGGUCAAUCUUAUAUAAUUGAGAUUUCUGGAAAAGUUUGGGAUGAAUCUUCUGGUGAAGAGCUAGAUAGUCUUGGCAAGCUUGCACCAACGGUUGAGAAAGUGAAACAUGGGUUUGGCAUGCGGGUUCCAAGAGUCUAUCUGGAGAUACAGUCUUGAUGGUGACAGCCAUUAUAUAAUCCACAAGCGUAUUAAUCCUUGCAGAGGCAUGUGACAACUUCUUGAGUUUGUGUUGUCCUGGAGAUUGAUUAAGAUGAUUCCGAUGAUAUAUCUUAAUAUUAAGCCACCAGAAGUCUUUCUGUAUACCAUUAUUUCUAGAUCUGGCAUUUUCUGAUUCUCAGCACUUGCUUGAUCUAUUGAAUCCUUUGCCAUUUUGCUUUUUUGUUUUUUUUUUGAUUUUUUGGCUAAAUUUGUUUGUGCUUUCUUUAUGAAACAUCGAGGUCAAUGUAGUUUGGUUUUGACAGUGUUCAUAAGUGUGCGUGUGGUAUCUAUGUUUAUCAUUAAUUUGGGUUC